AUGGCUAUCGAUCAUUAUGACACCGUCGUCGUCGGCGCCGGCUUCGGCGGCAUCCGGACACUCUACGAGCUCCGCAAGUUGGGGCUGACGGCCAAAUGCUUCGAGCUGGGGACUGAUGUUGGAGGCACCUGGUACUGGAACCGCUAUCCUGGUGCCAGAACGGACUCAGAGGCUUGGGUAUACGCGAUGAACUUCGCCCCGGAGCUGAAGGACGAGUGGAACUUUGAAGAACGCUAUCCGGGCCAGGAAUCCGUUCAGCGUAACUUGAGCCAAGUCGUUGACCGUUUUGAUUUGCGAAAGUACAUCACUUUCAACACUCGCGUCUCGACCGCCAAGUACAACGAGCACAGCGCUACUUGGACCAUCACCACAUCAGAGGGCACCACAGUCACCUGCCGGUACUUUAUUCCCGCCACUGGACCACUGUCUGUCGGCCGUGAGCUGCCAUUUGCCGGCCUCAAACGAUUCAAAGGCGAGCACUACCAGGCAUCCAAAUGGCCGAAGCAGCAUGUCGACUUGCGUGGCAAACGUGUCGCCCUUGUAGGCACCGGCGCUACCGGCGUGCAAAUCAUCCCCAAAAUCGCCCCUCACGUCAAGGAACUCACAGUCUUCCAACGAACUCCCAACUAUGUCCUUCCGGGCCGCAACUACACCAUCGAUGAGCAUCAGGCGGCGGAGAUCAAGCAAAACUUUCAGAAAGCCUGGACCGCCGCAACGAACCAUCCCUUUGGACUUGCCAUGGAAGACCCAAAUCUGGCAGCCGGCAACGUUACCGAAGCCGAUACCUUACGCCAGGUUCUCGACAGUGGCUGGGAGUCUGGCGGUUUCCACUUCCAAUUUGAGACUUUCAGCGACCUUUUCACGGAUGCGAAGUCGAAUCUCAUCGCUUCGGACUAUCUUCGCAACAAAAUCCGGGCCGUCGUCAAGGAUCAGAAGACGGCGGAGCUACUCUGUCCCAACUACCCCUUCCUUUCCAAACGUCCUCCAUGCGGACAUCAGUACUACGAGACCUUCAAUCGACCGAACGUGAAGCUGGUCGAUAUCAGCAAGGACGACAUCGACAUGUACGAAGACGGCAUCCGCACCCAAUCCGGCAGCGACUACGAAUUCGACGUCAUCAUCUUCGCCCUCGGUUUCGACGCCGCCACCGGCGCUCUGUGCGAAAUGGACGUCACAGGCCGCCAAGGUCUCUCCCUGCGUGACCACUGGGAGGAGAAGCUCGACACCUUCGCGGGAAUCCUCGUCCCCAACUUCCCCAACAUGUUCAUGGUGUGCGGUCCCCACGCACCUUUUGGCAACAUGCCCGUCGUCGAGGAAGUCGAGGUCAACUGGAUCGGCAAAACGAUCGAGCAUAUGGAGCGCGAGGGCUUCACGUCGAUCGAUGUGCCCAGCAAGGCUGCAGAUGCGUGGUCCACUCAUGUCACCGAGGCGUUUGAAGCGACAUUAUUCGCUGAGUCGGCGGGACAGGUGCAUGCGUGGUUUGUCGGCGCCAACGUUCCUGGUAAACCCCGGCGAGUGCUGUUCUACUUCGGAGGCGUGCCUACCUGGAACUCAUGGCUUGAGCAUGAGACCAAGACGAACUGGUCGAGCAUGAAGCUUGGAUCGGCGCAAAGUAACGGCCAUGUGAAGGCUUGA